AAGCAUUAGAUAAAUAUUUAAAAAUAGCAAAUCUAGAUAAUGAAGAUAUUGAUAUAAAUAUAGCUGCAAUUUUACUUUAUGAAUCUGUACAUUUAAUUAAUAGUGAAUUUAUUCAAGUAACAUUAUCAUAUAAUAAUUUAUUAAUAUUUAAUAACAUAUCAAUUAGAAUGGAAGAAGAUCAAUUAGAAGAAUUUGUAACAUAUAAUAAUGCAUGCUUUGCUAAGAAUAAUAGACAUAAAGGUUUAAAAUUAGAAUUAAUUUAG